AUUUAACUUGGCCCAGUCAGUUGGUUGGGCUCCGACUGUCCUGAACAGCAGCAGCAGCAGUUCCGAGUGUGCAGUGCGCUCAUCUAGCUCGGCUCGGUCUUCCGACUGUAAUUCGAAAACACUUCUCAAUCGCUCCAAAAACAUACUAGAACUUAUCAGUGUCUUCAAAGAACAAGGAUCAAAGAAACAUCGAAAUCAGGAAACGGACUAAAAUGAUCACCGUCCAAUAGGAGUCUGCAGGAUCAUGUCGCUCGAACUCUGGUCAACUAAUUGUCAUUCUUAAGAUUGAUACCGCCUGAACAACUUCGAUUCAGUGGAUAUGUAUCUAUGAUACCAUAUGUCAUCACUAAACGAGAUGGCGAGUGGGGCGCAGCCUGGCUCCUUGGUGCCACCUAGGAGCAACACGACGUUCGGCGUUAUCCCAGGAUUGAGGGCUCCAGAUGGACCGAAAGUUGAGCAAUGCCACGUGGACACCCAUUACGAUGCCAUAACCGCAGCGGUGUGCUCCAUCUACAUAGUGUUCGGAAUACUCUACACAUUUUGCGGAUACCGUUGCUUCAAGACGGUGAUGUUCCUCACCGGUUUCAUUUUUGCGUCCAGCAUAGUCUACUUGAUAUGUCUUCAGGGAGUGCUGAUGCCGCCAUACGGGAACGCCGGUGUAGCGAUAUUCGCCGGUAUCCUGUUCGGUUUAAUAACGAUGCUAGUCCAAUACGUAGGUUUAUUUAUGGAGGGUUUGCAUACAGGUUUGUUGUUGAGCCUGGGCGGAUUAUUGGCCGCUGAUCACAUUAUGGAAACAUCACCCAGAGGCUCGGUCUGGCUUUGUGUCGGCGUACUCCUGGCCAGCGCUCUGCUCUUUGCCAUCCUCAACCUCUAUUUCAGAAAGGGUCUCACAAUAUUGGGUACGAGCUUAUACGGCGGUGCCAUCAUUUCCGCCUCGAUCGACUACUUUGUCGAGAGGUUCUCGCUGGUCACAUGGGUGUGGGAGAGGGUGUCCCUUCGCCCCGCGGUACCUCCACCAUGCUGGUACUCCUGGAUAGUCCUGGGAGCUUGGCCCACUUUGGUAUUGACUGGACUCAUUAUACAGUGUGCGCUCACAGGAAGAGGCACUUACCAUGAUGAUGUUACUGCGGGAAGAAAGAAGCCUAGACCUCCACCCAACGGUCGCGGAAGAAUUGACAGGGCCGAACUGCGCCAGAAGAAGUACAGAUACUUGUAUCAAGUCCGUACUGCCCAUGGAGACGUCAUUAGCCAGAAUUUCGUUCAAGCUCUUCACCAGAAGAAGGAGCCGGGUGGAGCUCCAGGGGAAUGCAGCACCUUACAAUCCGACGCCACCCAUCUGACCAUUCUACCGGACACGAAUAUGGCCGUGCUGACGGAAAGCGAAGACGACAGCCAAACGGAAAUUCCGACCCAACGAUGAGAGCCAGACGAGAAAAAACGUAUAGCAUAGAUGCUGCAGUUUUUCUAAUUUAUUAUUUUUCCAAUAUUGUUUACGAUAAGACUUGCAUAGAAUUUGUUUGACAAUAAUUAUAUCGUAGCGUUCGACGCCCAACAAACUUAAGAUGAGAAUAUGUAUGAAAACAACAAGAAAAGAAGAAGAAUAAGAGGAAGGAAAAACAAAUAUCAAAGAGAGAAGACAUUGUGAUUAGUUGAAAACGUCAUAUUAUUUAGAUUCGACUGAGAAGUAAAAUACAGGAAAAAAAAAUAUUUACAAUAAUAUUAAAAUUUGUUUUGAAGAGAAUUUGCGAGAUGUGCUUAGGUGAUUUGUUAGGUCGAACCAUUCGAAAAUUAACGAUGACGUUAAUAUACGUACACACACGAGCACUGCCAAAACGAAAACUUAUCAACCAAAAAAAAAAUAAACAGGAGAUUAAUAUUAGCUGCGUUAACAACCAACAACGUUUAACAUCGUUGGUAAUUUUUCGAUGGUCUUCAUCGACUUUUUGUUCUUUAGGUUUAAGUUUUUUUUUUUAAUUACAUAUUUUUUUAAAUUUUUAUUGAAGAUCUUUACUUUUCGAAUAGAAAAGAACACCAAGUCGCAAGUGAAUAUGCAAAACAUCUUCCAAAGCGGAGAUAGUGGAAACGUAAUACUAAUGUUAAUACAGAAAUAAAUAACAUGCACAUAUAAGUAAAUAUUCUUGGAUAGGAAUGCACCGCGCAAGGACGAAAAUCAAAAAAA